AAGUGGACAAGUCUUUGUAAUAAAAAACAAAUACUGUUUCUGAAUGUGAACUCGCGUACUUGAACACACGACCCCAAUUUAUAUCCUUUUUUUUUAAUAAAUUAAAAAUUGUAAGAAGAAAGAAUUCUUCAUCGAUUCCAGCGAAGGUAAAAGCGUAUUCCUCGUGAGCACUACUACCUUCUCACUCCUCUUCCUCAUUCUUCUUCUUCUUCAGUCUCCCUUCACACAAUCUUCAUCACAAAGCUCCAAGCUUUCCGAUGACGUCGGAUGGUGCUACAUCCACAUCAGCAGCAGCUGCCGCCGCAGCAGCGAGGAGGAAACCGUCGUGGAGGGAGAGGGAGAACAACCGGAGGAGAGAGAGAAGGAGAAGAGCCAUAGCAGCCAAGAUAUACACAGGUCUAAGAUCACAAGGCGAUUACAAUCUCCCCAAACAUUGCGAUAACAAUGAAGUCCUCAAGGCUCUCUGUGCUGAAGCUGGUUGGGUCGUUGAAGAAGACGGCACCACUUAUCGCAAGGGAUGCAGCAGGCCUCUACCUGGUGAGAGUCCCAUCCCUUCUUACCAAGUCAGCCCAUCUUCAUCCCGUGGUGAGCCCAACAACAGCUCCACCACCUUCUUCCCCUUCCUCAGAAACGGCGCCGUUCCAUCCCUCAGAAUCUCAAACAGCUGUCCCGUUACUCCACCCCUCUCGUCUCCAUCUUCCAAGAACGCUAAACCCUUACCUACAUGGGACUCUAUCGCUAAGCAGUCCAUGGUCAACGCUAAUAAAAAACAAUCAAUGGCGUCCUUUAACUAUCCUUUCUAUGCGGUUUCUGCACCUGCUAGUCCCACCCGUCGUCAGUUCUAUGCUCCGGUUACAAUACCUGAGUGUGAUGAGUCUGAUUCUUCCACUGUUGACUCUGGUCAUUGGAUAAGCUUUCAGAAGUUUGCACAACAUCAACAGCCAUUCUCUGGCUCUAUGGUGCCGACUUCUCCUGCGUUUAAUCUCGUGAAACCUCCUGUGCCUCAGCAGAUGUCUCCAAACGCUGCGUUUCAAGGGAUGAUUGGUCAAAGCUCUGAGUUUAAAUUUGAGAGUAGCCAAGUUAAGCCGUGGGAAGGAGAGAGGAUACAUGAUGUUGGUAUGGAGGAUCUUGAGCUUACUCUUGGAAACGGCAAGGCUCGUGGUUGAUUUGUGAAUUUUGAGAGAAAGCUAUUCUUCUUUAUAGAGUAUAUCAUUAUCUUCUUUACUUACUAUCCAAACAUGGGGGGCUCAAAGCCUUUCUCCAUGGAAAGCAUUGGAACUUGGGAGUGUUAGUGUUGUUUGUUUGAUUCAAUUCAUGAAUUUGGCUUUAAAAAAAAAGCAUUAUUUGUAGAUAAGACUGUUAUGUGCCCUUACAAAGGCUACAGUGGCUGUAAACCGUUGUGUCUUGUCUUGUUAAAUUUGAUUAAUCAUAUGUAUCUGCUUCUCAACAUCAAAGAUCCGAUAUUUGCGGAACA